UUAAACUACGUUUACAGACACUUCAACUUGUUUCAACUUAUUAAUACUGGUGCACCACCAGGUUCCCAGGAGUCAUCUAUGUAUCUGCAGCAGAGCUCACACACCAGUUCUAUCAUGUCAGAUAUCAAUGAAAUACAUGUCAUUCCAGAAAUGAGGACAAUGUCUCUACCCUCGACUUCAAGAAUGAAACAUAAGAAAAUGAAGGAUAUUGAAACAGUCUCUUUCUCUUCGGGAGACUCUCAGCCUGAAUCCGAUACUUUGGUAGAAGAACUUAUAGCUGUGCCAGAACAUCUGAUCAAGCCCAGGCCCAAUCUGCUGAAUAAAGUGGUUAAUAAAGACUACCACUUUAAAGUUUUAGUUAUAGGGGAUCCUGGAGUUGGAAAAACAUCGUUUGUUCAUCGGUAUACAGCAAACGCUUUUAGAUCUGACUACAGAGGAACUGUCGGGGUAGAUUUUGCCCUCAAGGUUCUUGAACUUCCAGGAAACACAAGAGUCAGGCUCCAGCUAUGGGAUAUUGCCGGUCAAGAAAGAUUCACCUGGAUGACCCGUGUUUACUUCAAAGAGAGUCAGGGCUGUAUUAUCAUGCUUGAUCUAACUAGUAAGAAAAGCCUUGAAAGUGUACGAAAAUGGAAAGCUGAUUUGGACAGCAAGGUUAGUUUGUGCGAAGGAAGGGUGUACCACCCCUAUAGCUGGCAUUAGUUAAACCCAGUUUAGAUGGAACAUUUAUAAGAUUCCACCUUAGGUUAGUUUGUGCGAAGGAAGGGUAUACCCCCCUAUAGCUAGCAUUAGUUAAACCCAGUUUAGAUGGAACAUUGAUAAGUUUGCACCUUAGUUUAGUUUGUGCGAAGGUAAAGGAAUACCAACCCUAUUGCUGGCAUUUGUUAAACCCA